GGUGACUUGAAGUACCAGGAAACCUCCCUUGGUCAAAGGAUAGGAGGAAGGGAAGUAUUGUCACUUGUCGCCGAAUUCAAGCUCUACCAAAAUUGUCCCCGUCUCAGAGCACCUCACUUUACCUCCUGCAGAACACCGCACCUCUGGCACCCGCGCAUCUCGAAUCCAAAAAUCGAUGACCUCGAGAAUCCUUACAAGAGCAAUCCCAAAAAUGUCCAAGGUCAACCUCGCUAUUGUCGGUGCCGGUCUCGUCGGCGGAGACUUCAUCGACCAAGUCGCAUCCUACAACACCCGCAACCCCUCCACCCCCCUCAACGUCAUCUCCAUCUCCAAAUCACGCACGGCGCUUCUCUCCCAGGACUUCGCUCCCAUCUCUCUCACCAACUGGCGCGACGCACUCGCUUCCGCAACCACCGCCGCUCCCUCCCCCGCCGAGUUGGCUCAAUGGUUGUCCACUUCCCCUCUUCCCGUGAUCUUGGUGGAUAACACCUCGUCCCCCGACAUGGCUGAUGCCUACCCCCUCUUUGCAUCAAAGAAGAUCCACAUCGCAACCCCGAACAAGAAGGCAUUCUCCUCCUCCAACGAGCUCUUCCAGAAGAUCCAGGCUGCGGCCAAGGAGAGCGGUGCCUUGAUCUACCACGAAGCCUCCGUCGGUGCUGGAUUACCCGUCAUCUCCACCCUCAACGACCUCGUUGCAACCGGCGACCGCGUCACCAAGAUCGAGGGAAUCUUCAGCGGGACUCUGAGUUAUAUCUUCAACGAGUGGUCACCCUCCGCGGGGCCCGGGACCGCUGCGUUCUCGGAUGUUGUUAGGGUUGCGAAGGAGAAGGGGUAUACUGAGCCCGACCCGCGCGAUGAUUUGAACGGUCUUGAUGUUGCGCGUAAGCUCACCAUCCUCGCUCGUUUGUCUGGAUUGGAGAUCGAGUCCCCCACCUCGUUCCCCGUCCACUCCCUCAUCCCCUCCGCCCUCGAAUCCGCCACUUCCGGCGAUGAGUUCCUCGCUGGUCUCCCCGCGCACGACUCCGAGAUCGCACAACUCCGCACCGACGCCGAGUCUAAGGGCCAAGUUAUCCGAUUUGUCGGAUCUAUCGACGUCGCCUCCAAAUCUGUCGCUGUCAAGUUGGCGGCAUUCGAGAAGAGCCACCCCUUUGCGUCAUUGAAGGGCAGUGAUAACAUUAUCUCGUUCUAUACCGAGAGAUAUGGUGCUAGUCCGUUGAUUGUGCAGGGUGCAGGUGCUGGAGCGGCGGUCACUGCUAUGGGUGUUUUGGCGGAUUGUUUGAAGAUUGCUGGAAGGGUGUAAGUUACGUCUACGAUAUCGUGUACGAAGUAUGGCUAGAGCAUACAAAAUUUGAAGGAACUGGAC